AUGCCACCAAAACGUGAAACCUCACCUGAGGGCGAAGAAUCUUCGACGAAAAAGCCUAAAGUUCAAGCGACACCUUUAGAUCCUAAUCAACCGACGAAUAAACAGCUACCAGAUGAAUUGAGCCCAUACGAUAAACCAGAGAACGUUACGCGUUUUGCUUGUUGGAAUAUAGCGGGAUACAACGCUUCAGUGAAGAAAGGUUUGCAUAAAUAUAUACAAGCAGAGCCAGCCGAUCUGCUCGUCCUCACAGAAACCAAAAUUGACAAAGAACCAAAUGAUGAGAUUAUUAAAAACAAAUACAAGCAUUCAAAGUGGGUACCGGGUGUCAAAAAAGGCCAUGCUGGUAUUGCCAUCCUCUGGAAUGGUUCAGAGGCCAUUUCGACAACAGAUGUUUUACCUACCCAUCCAGAACCUGAAUCAACCAAAGGUAGAAUAAUCAUACUCGAGUUUAAAGAUGUAUAUGUAAUCGGUACGUAUGUACCUAACGCAGGAAGUGGUUUGAAGAAUCUCGAGGACAAGAAAGUCUGGAAUGAAGCUUUCAAGGAAUACCUCCAUAAUCUCGGCAAAAAUACCAUCUGGUUGGGUGAUCUUAAUGUCUGUCACGACAAUAAGGACCUUAGGAAUGACAAAUCCAACUGGAACAAGACACCUGGUUGGACAGAGGCUGAAGUUAGCCAAUUUAAGGAACAAUUAUCCGACAAAUUUAUAGAUGUAUGGAGAGAACAUAACCCUGAUGAAGUUGGACAAUAUAGUUAUUGGGGGUAUAGAUUUAAUGCACGGGUCAAAGGUAUUGGAUGGAGAUUAGACUACGUUAUAAUCUCGAAAGACCUAAGUAAUAAAGUCAAGAAUGCAAUAAUGAGAGCUGAAAUCUAUGGUGCAUCAGAUCAUGUGCCUGUAAUAGUUGAUUUAGAUUCUUUGCUGUUGUAA